AUGGGAGUUCCAGCCUUCUUUAGAUGGUUGAGUAAAAAGUACCCAUCCAUAGUCGUACAUUGUAAUGAGGAAAAGUUGAAGGUGGUGGAUGGUGUACCGGUGCCAGUGGACAUCAGCGAACCCAACCUCAAUGACAUUGAGUUUGACAAUCUUUACCUGGACAUGAAUGGCAUCAUCCAUCCCUGCUGCCACCCAGAAAACAAGCCGGCCCCAAAGAACGAGGACGAGAUGAUGGUGGCCAUCUUCGAGUACAUCGACAGACUGAUGCGCAUCAUCCGGCCGCGACGGCUGCUGUACAUGGCCAUCGAUGGCGUGGCACCCAGGGCAAAGAUGAACCAGCAGAGAUCCCGUCGCUUCAGGGCCUCCAAGGAAUCCAGAGAGAAGAAAGAGACUAUAGCUCGCAUCCGGGAGGAGGUGUACUCUAGAGGAGGAUGCCUUCCACCUCCCAAACCAAGCGGGGAGCACUUUGACAGCAACUGUAUCACACCAGGAACCGAGUUCAUGGCCAGGUUAGCUGAGUGCCUUCGUUACUACAUUACAGACAGGCUCAACAACGCCCUGGGCUGGCAGAAUAUCAAGGUGAUUCUCUCCGAUGCUAACGCACCAGGGGAAGGAGAACACAAAAUCAUGGACUACAUCAGGAGGCAAAGAGGCAACCCUGACCAUGAUCCGAACACACACCACUGUCUUUGUGGAGCUGAUGCGGAUCUCAUCAUGUUAGGUGAGUGGAAUUGA